AGUCCUCCACGCUGGGCCUCCUGCAGUCCAUGCCGGACGUGGCGCGCAUGGAGAUGCACCCCACGCGGGGGCUGGUGGUGCACGCCAUCUCUGUUGAAGUCACCAAGGGGAUGUCGCGAUUGAUUUCCAGCCACAAAAGCAGGAAGAGGGGGAGGCCGCGGCAAGCGGAACGUGCGCGCUGCGUCUCUGCGCCUCUGCCGUCGUGGCUGCGUGUGAUGCUGGGCUCCGUGCUCCAUGCCCACCCGUCCGGCCUCGCCGUUGCCGAUCUGCCCGACGCGUUCAUGCGCCGCACGGGAAUCUUCCUCAACUGGCAAAGCCUCGGCUACGACUCCCUGGAGGCCAUGCUGGCCUACACCACGGACAUCGUCGCCAUGGAGACGCUGCCCACGGGGCGGGUCGUGUUGCGCAGCGCGGCCGACGCGAGCCGGGGCGCUCCCAAGGGGAGAGGGCAGUCCACGCAGCCCAUGCAGUCCACGCAGUCUACGCAGUCCACGCAGUCUACGCAGUCUACGCCGUCGCCACAACAACAAGGUUCUGGGCAGGUGAGAGCGACUCCGGCGAGCAGAUCGUCGCCGGGCACCUUGGAGCCGAGGUUGAGGGUGCGGAUUCACAAAAUGGUGUCCGAGAGUCGGGACGGAAUCCUGGCCUCUCAGCUGCCUUCCAAGUUCAAGGCUGCCUAUGGCUCCGAGCUGCCCAUGGUUCGCCUGGGGUUCACGAGCGCCUGUGCACUCGUGUCCGCGCUGGGAGUGGCGUUCGACCUCGCGCCCACGCCCAAUGGCGAUUUCGUCGUCAGGAUAGCGGAACAUCCCCGCCGCCACCCCAAGAAGGACUCUGCAGCCGCUGAGGCAAGUCGACAGGUACCCCACGUCACCAAGGGCAUCCACAGAUCGUCGAGCUGUUUUCAAAAUCCAUCCCAGCUGCCCGCCUGCAGAGAGGAGCGCGCCCACACCGCCAAUGGACGAGCCCCUUCUGCUCGACCCUUGCGAGCGAGCAAUGGCUGUGUCGCCACGCACGCUGCACCAUCUACUGCUGCAGUGUCUCCCGCUCCGCUGUCUACUGCUGCACAGUAUUCUGCUCCACAGUCUACUGCUGCACAUUCUUACACUCCAAUGUCUACUGCUGCACAUUCUUCCGCUCCAAUGUCUACUGCUGCACAUUAUUUUGCUCCAGUGUCUACUGCUGCACAUUAUUCUGCUCCAGUGUCUACUGCUGCACAUUAUUCUGCUCCACUGUCUACUGCUGCACAUUCUUCCACUCCACUGUCUACUGCUGCACAGUAUUCUGCUCCAGUGUCUACUGCUGCACAGUAUUCUGCUCCAGUGUCUACUGCUGCACAUUAUUCUGCUCCAUCUUGCGCCCGAACGUCCACUGCUGCGCCGUCUCCCACGCCACGGUCUCCCGCUGCACCGUGUCCCGCGUGGCCGGUGGACGGGGUGGGGCCCGGCCUGCGGUUCCGUCGGCACGCGGUGGUGGCCCGCGAGUACUCGAUGUGUCCCCUCUACGUCUCCUACAUGGACUCGCCGGGGCAGUUCUUCGUGCAGAAUUACGGCAUGGACACGAGCGAGGCCCUGGAGGACCUGGUGUUGGAAAUGAAGCGACUGUACGCGAGCCCCGACACCGGCGCUCUGUACGCGCUGCCGGCCGCCAUGGCGCUGGAGGGGCAGGCGUGCGCCGCCUUCAGCGACGACGAGUGGGAGCGCUCCGUGCUGCUGGGCCCGCCGGGCGCCGAUGGCACGGUGCCCGUCUACUACGUGGACUACGGCCAGAUGGGCGCCGUGCCGCUCCACCACCUCCGCCUACUGCCGUGCGCCUUCUUCUCGCUGCCAGCGCAGGCGGUGCCGGCUCGACUCGCCUGCGUCGCGCCAGCGGAGGGCUCCUGGUGCACCACCUCGCGGCGCCUCUUCCUGCAGCUGUGCCACGACCGCGUGCUCAUGGCGAUCGUGUGCUCCACGCGGCACGACGUGCUCUCGCUCUGCCUCUGCGACACGAUGCAGAGCGAAGACCUUCACUUCAACGACCUCUUCGUGAGCCUGGGCCUGGCGCUCGCCGUGCACCCCAAAAACGACUGCUACCAGGGCCUGAGUGAUGAUCACCCCUACUGGAGAUAUUUGCAAGCGGCCAGCGAUCGCGCGGGCCCGGAGGAAACCGUCCCCUACUGGGUGGGCUCACGACCACCACCACCACCACCAACAUCACCGCCAUUGCCACCGACAUCGCCGCCUCCGACGUCAACACCACGUGCUCCCAUUGCGGGUGCGGCAUCAGCCCCGGUUCUCUGGGACCGUUGGGACGACGGCCUGAUUGGCGCGCCCGUCUCGUUAGACCGACCGGUGGCCCCUCUGCCAAGUGGAGCCAUUGGCGGGCACGGCACCGUGGCCGUGUCGCCGUUCGGCCACUCCGAGAUUUCACCGCCCUCGCCCAUCACCACCACCAUCGCCACCACCGAUCCCCCCCGGUCUCCGGUUUUCCCUUCGGAACGAAACUACCGACUCCCGGCCUCGGCUCCCGGUUUCAAGAAUUCCACAGCCGUCUCUGCGCUAAGUUUCACAUCGUCCCACGCAAGCGCGCCUGCGUCCACCCCCUGCGGUGGAGGUGGCGGUGAUGGCGGUGGGAGCUCCGGCUCGAGUGGACAGGGAGCGCCUGCAGCGCCAGGGUUCACCGAGACUUGUGCCCGGUUGGCAGCGUUCAUCGCCUGCAACGGCCCCGGCCUGUGCAGCAGACGGUCGUUCGGCCCGCCACCGGCGGCUCGCCCGCCAGGCCGGGACGACCACCAGGCCGUGCUCCGGCCCGGCACGGAGGAGCCUGUCGGCUCGCUCGCCACGGUCGGCCAACCGCCAACUACAGCGGUUGCUUUAUAUGAUGGCGCCCGCGUGCCACCAACAACAGCGCCGUCGUCGUCGUCGUUGACGGCGGCGACAGCCCUGCCGCAAAGCUCGUCUGACAAAUCCAAAGCCGCGUGGCUCGCCGUCACUGCGGAGUCCAUAGGUCCACACGCUGCUGCGCCGCCGCCGCCGCCGCCGCCUUCCGGUGGCCCCGCGGCCCACGCGGACGCACCGCGCAGCACGCCGUUCAAGGUCAAAAGGGUGGAGCUGGGAGGCACGUGCCACGUCCACGUCGUCUUCUGGAAGUCUCGGAGCUUCUGCAUCGAGUCAGAAGUCUCCUCCGUGCUCUUCCCGGAUCGCACGGUCCCCAUCUCACAACUCGGGGACUGCCAAUCGCCCCACGCGGCGGUGCUGGCGCUGCCACGAAGCUCGUGGCCUGGUCUCUUCGAGGAGUUGGCGUCGCGCGGCGUGGCCGGGGUGGCGCCCGAGACGUCCGCCGUGGCGCUCUACCCCGUCGUCGACGUAUGCUCGCUCCUCUGGCGGCUGGGACACCGGCAGUGGCUGUCCUACUGCCACCUGCUGCAGUCGGCCGUCACGGCCGAGCCGUACCCGGAGGCGACUGUGCAGGCGGUGCACCCCGCGGCUCCGGAUUCCACGGACGAUUCCAACGACUCGGAUGUUGAAGCGGAGAUGGCGUUGAUGGAACAGCACACCGAGUACCUGCAGCUGAAAUGGAGCUUGGAAGACACGUGGAAACUUUCGCCCGUCUGAUUCGAAUGCUCUUGACCAAAUCAUCUACUAGUGUGCCCGUGACGUUUGCCCGGGCAGUCCUGCCGCAACGACAACAACAACGUGCCGUGCCGAUACCGCAGCGUCGACUCGCUGUCGAGUUGCCGUCCACUCCAGGGAGUCCACGCGCUGAGAUUAAAGCGUCAAAGUGCCCAGUUGGAUGUCGGCCGUUGUUGCGGGGUUUUUUUUUGCGAGUUUUUUUCGUCGCGCUUGUGUUUUUUUUUGCCGGACCGUUGUGCCUCAACGUCUCGGCCCCAGCUGCGGGGGCUCGCAAGGAGCCGUUGAUUUUUUUUCCCCCACCGCCUCUUUUUCCUUUGCCUCGGCGUGGCGGAACCAAAUCGCGAUGUGCCGCUGGUCCCCCGAAGCGUCCCAGUCUGGCUCGCCAGGGACUCGUUGGUUGUGUGCAAAUGUUUUAAGCGGCACGACUCUCUCGGCUCUUGCAGUAACGUUGCCGCGUCUCGCCUGCCAGGCUGGGCCGGGCUGGGCCGGGCUGGGCCGCGCUGGGCCGGGCUGGGCCGG